CGAUACUAUUUUCAAAUUAUCUCCGUUUGAAGUCUUCACUCUUCUGUCAAUCAUUUGUUUGACUCAAUAGAAGAUUAUAAAACAAUAAGUGAUUACUUAAUAAUGAAAAGUCAUUUCACCACAUAAUGGCAAUCGAUGUCUAUUUAGUUAUUUUUAUUUCUUUUAUAUUUCGGGUCUCUUGUGAUCUAUUGGAGUGGAGACCGGAAUCGAGUCGACAAUUAGAUAAUGUGACCGAGAUAAUUAAAAAGAUUUUGGAUGGAUAUGAUAUACGACUCAGACCUAACUUUGGAGGGCGUCCGCUUGAAGUAGGAAUGGAUUUGUCGAUCGCCAGCUUUGAUAGUAUAUCCGAAGUCAAUAUGGACUAUACGAUAACCUUAUAUCUGAAUCAGUAUUGGAGGGACGAGAGGCUGUCCUUUAGUGAGAACAACUACGAGCUGACCCUAUCGGGCGAUUUCGCAGAGCGCAUAUGGGUUCCGGACACGUUCUUUGCAAACGACAAGAACUCAUUCCUACACGAAGUGACUGAGAAGAACAAAAUGGUUCGGCUUAAGUCUGACGGGUAUAUCGCUUAUGGCAUGAGGUUCACAACAACGUUGGCCUGUAUGAUGGAUCUCCAUUAUUACCCCUUAGACUCACAGAACUGUACGGUUGAGAUCGAGAGC